AAAAGAGGCACACAUGAAACAGUCGUGAAGUGAAUUUGAGCAGACCAGCUCCCUUCAAAUUUGAGUCAUUGUUUAUAAAAUGAAUUGGCUCGCAUUUUUGCUCGUCGUUGCUGUAACUGCAACUCGCAACACUUCAGCCAGAAUUAUAUUGCCAAAAAUUUCGGGUGGAACCGAUCUUCCUCAAGGACAACUUCCAUACAUGGUGUCCAUUCAAUAUGCCAAUCCAUUGAACAAUAGUUCCAGAGAGCACAUCUGCGGUGCAACAAUAGUGAAUGAAAAUUGGGCUUUGACAGCAGCCGGUUGCAUCAUUGGUCCAUCUUUUAUUGACACGCACGCUAUUUUCUCUGGCUCUGUGGAUUUGCAAACUGGCGGCCGAGAGCACCGGUUGACGCAGGCUGAUGUGCACGAGAACUACUCAUUUUUCCCACAAAUCCAAAAUGACAUUGCCGUUAUUAGGGUCGACCCACCAUUUGAUUUCUCUCUACCGACGGAGGAAAGUCAAGUUCCUCUCCCUCCAGUUGGCUUUGAUGCGCUAGAAGGGGCCACGGCAUUUGUAUUUGGUUGGGGACAACCCACGCCAAACUUGGCAAAUAUGCAGCUCCUACAGAUUGCCGAAAUCACAGUCAUCUCUGACGAAACUUGCAGUGGCGUACAGAAUAGCCCUGCCACUGAAAUGUGCGCUGGCACUGCUGAAGGAAAUACCGGCACUUGCUAUGGUGACAAUGGUGGACCCUUGGUUGUGGACGCGGUUCAGGCGGGAAUCGUGUCGUGGUCAGUGGCCUGCGGGACAACCCAACCGUCCGUGUUCACUCAGGUGUCCGCUUACUUGGACUGGAUAAGUGAACACACGGCUAACUAGGUACCGGGAGAUCUUUCCCGGUUUCAAGAUACUUUAUUCUUUAAAAAAAAAUUGAAUACCAGAAUUGGCAAAAAUUUAUCAAAGCUUUUUUAUUAAUGGAUAGUUAUGUAUAUAUAUUGGAUGUUGUUUGUUAAAAAAAAAAUUAAUAUUAAGUGAAAGUCUAAAAUCCAUUUACUUUAAAAAAAAUAUUUCUCUAAUUUUGGUCCCAAUCCUGCUACUCUUUUCCAUGAAAAUUGAAAAUAAAAAUGAAACAAAUUCAAGUACUGA